AUGGCUACCGCUAGUGAGAGGAAAGCCCUACUUGCACCAUCCAGCGCUGAGGCGGUCAAUCGAAACAGUCUCUCAGCAGAAGACUCACACGACAAAGAUUUCAAAGAAGCAUUCGAUGAGCUUUCUUUGGAAGGGCCGAAGAAAAGUGAUGGAUCGGAGUUCAAGAAAGGAAUCAAAGGAUGGAUGAUGUCCAUAUUUUAUCUACUCAUAAUAUUUAUAUGUGAUGCUGCAAUAUCAGUCUUGAUCAUGUACCUGCUUUUGAUACAGAUGCGAGAAAGGCCUUAUUACUUUGGCAAAGGUACACAUGUUGGAGGAACCCCUCACGUUGUCUUUGAGCCUAAUCCGACGCGAUACGACGUUGUGACGAGAGGAGUAAUUAAGUUCAGUCCUGCAGAUCCAAGAACUUACCAAAACCUCAUGAUCCGGUAUAAGAAGAUCUUACGAGAGGAGUACAGCCCGAAGAAAAUCGCGAAUUGCUCGUCUAUAGUUGGCGUACUCAAUGGUGCCCCUACCAAUGAAUCCGUAUGUAGUGUCGAGAGCAAUAGUUACGAAGAAUUUGGAGAUUGUGCUUUGACAAGGGAGAACAUAAAACGAGGAAUGGGAUUCAGCCGAGCAGAGCCGUGUAUAAUGUUGCGCUUUAGUAAAGUUUUUGGCUGGUUUCCGAGUCACUCUGAAGACUCCGAUAGUCGAAGAUGCAGUUCCGAUGGCUCGUGCUGUAAUAAGAAAAGAAUUAGUUUCAGCUGCAGUUCGAGCACUUUGGAUUUGAAGUUGUUGCCGAGCGAUGGGAUGUCAACAUGUGCUUUUCCCUUCUGGAACAAGGACGGAUACGAGCAGCCGUUUGUGAUGUUGAAACUGUCAAACUUGACCAAUGGCAAGCAUGAAGUCAGAUGCAAACCCACAUUGAAAUCUAUAGAAAGAAUGGAUGAUGACACCCAGAAUGUGGCUCGUAUAAAGUUCGAAGUGUUUUCAUAA